GGAAGAAAUUAGGAAGGGGCCAAAAGUCAUGGAAUAUAUUCCCCUCCCAACAUAACUAGGCCUAUGUUUCCAGAUAUGGUGUGAGAACAACCUUAGACAGCCUAACCACUUCAAAUUAUAAAAGAAAUACAGCUGCCACAUUUUAAGGCAGAAGACCUGAAAAGAUCAACCUACCAUCUCUCUCUCUCUCUCACUCUCUCUCUCUGCUCAUUUACCCUUUCUAAUAUAUAUAUAUGUUUCAUGCCAGAGUUAUUUUACCAUUCUCAUCAUCAUAUCAGAAAUGGCUCUUCAGGAUCUGCAAAAUAAGGACACCAACCUGGUUUUAUCCAGCGAUCCAAAGCCGAGACUGAAAUGGACUCCGGAGCUUCACCAACGCUUCAUUGAUGCAGUCACUCAGCUUGGAGGCUCCGAGAAGGCAACCCCGAAAUCAUUGAUGAGACUGAUGAACAUUCACGGGCUUACUCUAUACCAUCUCAAGAGCCAUUUGCAGAAAUUUCGAUUAGCGAAAAGCCAAGAAUUGCAGUCCUACCAUGAUGACAAAGAUGAAGAUUACAAACAGUCUCAGAGUCAAGAAAGCCAGAUGCAUUCAGAAAGCUCUGAUGGAGCUCAAAAUCAGAUGAACGAAAGCAUGCAGAUAUCUCAAGCAUUGCAGAUGCAAAUGGAAGUGCAGAGGAAACUACAUGAACAAAUUAAGGUGCAGAAACAUCUCCAGCUGAGAAUCGAAGCUCAAGGAAAGUAUCUCCAGUCUGUUUUGAAGAAAGCGCAGGAAACACUUGCAAGAUACGGUCCUUCAGAUCAUGCAGAACUUGCAAAAUCCGAACUCUCCCAACUAGUAUCAAUGGUAGAUACGGGGUGCCCUAGCUCUUCAUUGUCAGUAUUGACAGAAAUCGGAGGAUCAAUUUCAAACUGCACAGAACAACUGAGAACCGGCAUUGGAUGUUCACUUGACAGCUCCCUCACAUCAUCUGAAAGCUCGGGAAGGAAGGAAGAUACUCAAGAAAGGCAUGAAAACAAAGAAAACGACGAGAGGAAAGAGAAUUCUGUUGAACUUUCACUAAUGGAAAUGCAUCCAGGCCAGCAAAACGGAUCGAAAGAUGACCUUAGUGGAAGGAAAAGAAGCCGAAGUAUAAUUUCCUUUGACAAUUGUGUUGAAAAACCAUCUGAUAAAAGAUUCCAGGCCAGUAUUAAUGAUGAAAAGUUGAAAAAGUUUGGAUUCUUGGAAAAUAUCGAUUUGAAUAGCGAGUGUGUUGAUGACUUUGAUACUUAAACUGCAAGGGAGAUGGGUAUAAUUAGUUUAUGGAAACUCGAUCUAUUGAGAGAUGCUUUCAGAGUUCACAUUCUAUAUAAAAAGCAAAAUUAGUUCCUAUAGUUAGUAAUGUUGUUUAUAAAAUUAUAUGUGUAUUGAUAUGUGAAUGAAUAGCCAAAGAGCAUUUUCAAGGCUUA